CCACAAGAAAAUGUUUGUAAGGUGGAGGAGGACGGGGUUUUCAGUGACCAGCACCUGGAUAACCUGGAGAGGAGCUGCAGCCCGGACCAGGAGGAACCAGGGCAUCCACAGACUACAGAACUGGAGGAAGACUCCAGCGGUCAGGAGAUGAAGCACGAGGACGUAGAGGUGGAUGUCUCAUUGGUCAAUGUCGCUGAUGUGAAAGUUGAAAAUGGUGAACCAGGACCAAACUGUGGCCAGCUGCUGUUGCACACUUCUCCUGAAGCUCAAAACAAAGAUGAGGAAGGGACUGAAAGUUUACGCUCAGACUCCAGUAAAACUGCAGAUCCGGAGCCAAUGAGACGACACGGUGACCACGAAGCUGCUGCUGUCCCAUCAGACAGUAACUGUAAAUCAAAGCUGACCAGGACCCACACGGGGAAGAAGGUAUUUACUUGCAGAACUUGCAGGAAAGAGUUUAGUAGAAGAAGUACUUUAGUGGAUCACAUGAAGAUCCACACUGGUGAAAGGCCGUAUCUGUGCAACACCUGCGGAAAAUCGUUUACUAAAUCAUCAGAUCUUAAACGCCACAUAACCACGCACACGGGCGAGAAGCCCUACAUCUGCAAAACAUGUGAAAAAAGUUACAGGCUACGUUCCACCUUGGUGGUUCACUCGAGGAUCCACACUGGUGAAAAGCCGUACCUGUGCAACACCUGCGGCAAAACCUUUACUCAAUCAUCACUUCUUAAACACCACAUAACCACGCACACGGGCGAGAAGCCCUACAUGUGCAAAACAUGUGGUAAAAGUUACAGGCUACGUUCCCACCUGCUGGUUCACUCGAGGAUCCACACGGGCGAGAAACCGUACCUGUGCAACACCUGCGGAAAAACCUUUACUCAAUUAUCAGCUCUUAAGAGCCACAUUACCACGCACACGGGCGAGAAGCCAUAUUUGUGCAAGACGUGCAACAAAGGUUUUAGCCGCAGAAGUAUAUUGCUGAAUCACAUGAAAAAUCACCCGGAGGAGAAGUCUGGUGACUCGUGACAAAUGAAGCUCAUGUUGUCGUCCUCCGGGGGCAGCUGUCCACUCCUGUCUGACCCACAGAAGAAGAACCCGCAGAAGUCCAACCACCACCUCCUGUGGCUGAUGAGCCUAAUCCCCUCCCCACAAGGGUUGCAGGUUCAACUCGGAUUUAUGCUUCUCCGUCAACUUGUCGCAGAGGGAACAAUGUGGUUGUGUACUUUUUUCUUAAAGUUCUGCAUUGAGGUUGUUUGAAUCCCUGUUCCUUCUUAAAAUCGUAUUAUUUGUUGCUGUUGGUAACUUGCCGUCUCCACUGUGCAAAUAAAGAGCUGUUAGUAUGUGCUGAUGUUUCUUUAAACAUGACAGUUUAUUUCGUUCAUCUACAAAGCCUCUCUCACACGUCCUUUUUCCCGUCUGUUUCUUCUUCACUCACAUUCUCUUUGUAAAGUUAAUCUGCAGCUCCAUGUUGUUAAACUCUCUCCAUCUACGUCGGGAUCAUCGGGAUCAGAUUCCAGGAAGAGGACAGACUUUGGAUUUAACCCU